UCUACUUUGCGAUAUCAGCUAAAAUGGAACACUUCCUAAACCAGGCUAGUAGAGAAGAAACCAAAGGGUUGGCACCUGUAUCAAAAUACUUUAAAGUUAAGAACAUGAAACUAGCAAUUUAUUCCCUAAAGCUUUGAAACGGCAGCAUUCAUGCCUGUAGUGUAUUUCCAGUGUUACUCAGUGCUACCUGUGUGUGACGUUUAGUAAUAUGCCCAGUAGGGGCUGAGACAUUUUUUUAUUAUUUGUGGCACUAGCCAGAGGAGAAGCUAAUGGGGAUUCUUGAGUUUAUGCUUACUCUGUUUCAUAGGUAUGAAUGGGAUUAGAAUGACUUUCUUCUUCCUACCUCUGUUUCUCUUAGUAGCCAGGUAACGUUACCCCAGGAAUGUAUUUAGUGGCUUGGUGAGCUAAUAAAGCAAGGCAGCUUGAAAGAGGCUAGUUCCUCCUUUCAUACCUAAGCAACACAGUUUGAAGUGAACAUUGAUGGAAACAUUGCCAGAACAAUUCUGCCUAUUAAUUAGCAUAAUCCUGCAGCAGUCGGGGGGAAAUGAACAGAAUUCAUCCUCAGAAAAUUGAAGGAGCUUCAUUUGGUUCAACAAAAUCUCUCUUUACUGCUAACAGAGGUACUAUACAGGGCCUGCAAGGUUGCUGCAAGGAUUGCUGUGCAUGCAUCCCUUGCACCCAACAAUGUAUCUGUGUGUCUGCCAUUGGUCUUGGUAUACUUGGUGUCAUCGCUACUGUCAUUGCAUUGGUGGUCACAAUUGGCAUCCCUCCACAUACACCAGUAAAUCGUUUAUGUGUGACCUCCGGUAAUCAGACAGGCUUUUUAUGUGACAACAGAGCUAGCUGCAUUCCAGCCAGCCAGGUCUGUGAUGCAAGACAAAAUUGUGCAAAUGGGGAGGAUGAGCAAGGGUCACUAUGCGAUGAUUUGCCCAACAACCUUCCAGGAUACUUGAUAUUUUAUUGCAGCAACCGCAAGGUUUGGGUCUACGCAGACAAAAGAUGUAAUGGAAUCAAUGACUGCGGUGACUGUUCUGAUGAAGUAGGAGCUUGGGCCAGUUGCCCUCCUUGUGGGCCUCAAUGGUGGGGAUGCACCAUGGUUGUCUUCCAUAUGUACUGUAGCUGCAUUCCCAGACGUCUUUGCCGAGAUGGAAUACAGCACUGCAGUGACUGGUCUGAUGAAUACAUCUGCACAAGAUGAGCACUCCAGGACUGUAACCUUCAGAAAAUAAUGGGAGCUAUCCAUCAAAUACUGCUGUUGGGGAAUUGCCAUACGUAUUUAUGAGAGGGGCUUGCGAUGGAUGCAUUGUGUAGUGUUAGAUGUGCUGCUCCUAGACCAGUGAUCUUUCACCUUUUAAGCUCAGUAAAGUGUGUCUGCAUGUGUGUAUAACACCCUUGGCUUCCUCAAAACCCACUGCUACAAAAAGCGAAAGGAGGAAAAGAACGCCUGCUACCAAAAAAUCUGGCUCAGACUUCCACAAGUACUGGAAGCUGCGAAAUCUUGCUUUGUAACAGGGUAAAGGACC